AGAAGAUAUAAGGGUACUACAGUAGUUUCGGCUCGAUUCGAAAUUCAUUCUUACGAUAAUUACAACUUGGGCGUAGGUGCCGUGGAUUACUAUAACUUGACACGAUCCCGCGAAAAAGAAGCUUAAUAAAAUGGGUGUUUUAAAACAUGCGGUAGACUUUGCUUCGGAUGCUGCCGGCCUAGAAAAAACUCUAAGGUUGAUACAAGCUUUAUGUCAGAUAUGUGCAUUUUAUCCGACGGUUUUGGGGUGGAUUUUGUUGGGGUUGGGGAUUGGGAUGGGGAGAAGAAGCGGAGGGGUGGAGGGGGGUGUGGAUGCAAAGAUGCAGGUGCAGAUUGUGGAGAAGUUGUGGAAGGCGAGGAGAGAGCUUGCUGUUGGACGUCGUUAUAUGCGUUUCUUCCGUUUCAUCAAGAACUUCUCAAAAGCAUGGGAUAGUUUGUUAAAUGAAGAUGGGAUGAGGAUGUUGAUUAAUGUGGGCAAAUCGGGAUUUAUGGGUGCUUAUUUGGAUAUAUUAUGGGUGUAUGCAAUACCCCUUGGUCCUCUACAUGUGCUCUUGAAGGCAAUAAAUUUUGUAUAUCGAUAUUUGGAGGGCUAUGGGAUCUUUACCAUCUGGUUGUCAACAACGGACACAACACCGAAAUCCAACUCACAGGAAAAUAUACAUGAUCCAGAUCUUGCAACAAAAACAGUCGAUAGCACACAGAUUAUCGCGGAACAUCCGGGGAAGAAUGAGAAAAAGGGAAAAUUCAAGACUGAAAUAUUGCUCAAAAUUAUUGAGAAUGCAGCCGAUCUUUUUCAACCUGGAGCGGGAACGGGGUGGAUCGUUAGUGAUAGGGGUAUAGUAGGUGUGAUGACUGUUAUUAGUACAGUACUUAGCUCGAGGGAUAUUUGGAGGAGAGUUGGGCAUCAAAAAGAAAGAAGGAUAGGGGGGAACGGGGAAGAAUUAGAACGGAGGUAG